CGCUGACGGCGAUUUACCUGGGCAGUCGCGUCCCUCCCUCUCGGAGCCAGUCGCUUCGGCAGAGAGGGCGCGGAGCCUGCCUCGCCCCUUCCCGGGAAAACUUUCCUUCAGCGCCCGCGCCAGGGCGACUUGAGGAGCGCUGGUUGCAAACUUCUAGAAGAUCUAGGCUUCGCUAGGAGCUGAGAGCUGGCAAGUGCCAAGGUUUCUGUGGAUACCAAAGCUCAAAACACAGUAUCAAUCUCAUCGUGAUGCAUGAACAUCUGUAGAUAACUAUAGGCUUUUAAAAAGAAAUCCAGCAUGGCCUAGUUGUCUUGACCCUUGGAAUAUUUAGAAUGUCCUCUGGAACCAGUAUCAGCAGAAAUCGUCAGGCUCCGAGCCUGCAGGGUGUUGACCCAGAAACAUGCAUGAUUGUGUUUAGAACACAUUGGGCACAGGUUCUGAAAAUCUUAGAGAAGCAUGAUCCUUUGAAAAAUACUCAGGCAAAGUAUGGGGCAAUCUCACCUGAUGAGGCCAGCACUGUUCAGAAUUAUGUGGAGCACAUGCUUUUCUUAUUAAUUGAGGAGCAAGCAAAGGAUGCCUCAAUGGGGCCUAUUCUGGAGUUUGUGGUCUCAGAAAACAUCAUGGAGAAGCUUUUUCUUUGGAGCCUACGGCGAGAGUUCACUGAUGAGACAAAAAUUGAGCAGCUCAAAAUGUAUGAAAUGCUAGUAACCCAGUCUCAUCAGCCUUUGCUGCAUCACAAACCCAUCUUGAAGCCUUUGAUGAUGUUGCUGAGUUCCUGCUCAGGAACAACCACUCCAACAGUGGAAACAGAGUUAGUUGUCCUCUUGAACCAGCUCUGCUCUAUAAUGGCCAAAGAUCCCUCCAUUUUAGAACUGUUUUUCCACACCAGCGAGGACCAAGGAGCAGCCAAUUUCCUCAUAUUUUCCCUGCUGAUCCCCUUUAUCCACCGUGAAGGAAGAGUAGGCCAACAGGCCCGGGAUGCACUGCUUUUCAUAAUGUCUCUGUCUGCAGAAAACAGUGUUGUUGCAAACCACAUAGCAGAAAACACCUACUUUUGCCCAGUGCUAGCAACAGGAUUAAGUGGCCUCUAUUCAUCUUUGCCUACAAAGUUGGAAGAAGAAGAAGAAGAAGAGUGGCAUUGUCUACUGAAAGAUGACUGGCUGUUAUCACCAGCCCUUGUACAAUUCAUGAAUUCCCUUGAAUUUUGCAAUGCUGUGAUACAGGUGGCACAUCCCUUGAUACGUAACCAGCUUGUGAAUUACAUUUACAAUGGAUUUUUGGUGCCAGUAAUGGCUCCUGCUCUCCAUAAGGUGACUGUGGAAGAACUGAUGACUACUACUGCAUACUUGGAUCUCUUUUUGCGUAGUGUUUCAGAGCCAGCCCUUCUCAAGAUUUUCCUCAGGUUUAUUUUACUGCACCGCCAUGAGAAUGUGCAUAUCUUGGAUACACUUACCAGCAGAAUCAACACACCAUUCCGGCUCUGUGUGGUCUCCUUGGCAUUGUUCAGAACACUUAUUGGCUUGCAUUGUGAAGAUGUGAUGUUACAGCUAGUUUUAAGGUAUCUGAUCCCAUGUAACCACAUGAUGCUGAGCCAGCGAAGGGCUGUGAAAGAGAGAGACUGUUAUUCUGUAACUGCUGCCAAACUGCUGUCCCUGACACCGGUCUGCUGCUCCACUGGGAUCACCCUGACACUUGAAACCCAAGGAAAAGAUUAUAUUCUGUGGACAAAAGGAGCACAAACUAAAGAUUCUGGUAGACGCUCUUCUGAAUCUACUUGCAUUGUGGAAUAUGGAAGAGCUGUGGACAUCAGCUACUUGCAGUACCUGGGAGAAGCUCAAGAAGCCAUCCUGCAGUGCCUGAAAGAUUGUAAGGUUUGGUCUGCCUUGUAUGAUGGAGUAAACCCUGAUCCAGCCACCUUUAUCCAAACGCUUGCUGAGGAGAACAGUACGGAUGUGGAACACCCUAUGUUUCGGCUCCAGCAAAGGACACCAAGCACAUGUAGUGCCUCUCAAACAACUGCGUUUGGUGAGAAGAUGCAGUUGGAGCUAGAAUGGGAUGAUAGCUAUGACACAGGGAUUUCUCCUGGCUCUGGUGUGAGCUCACCACAACCGUCAGAUGAUCUGGGAAGCACAGAGGUGCAGCCACCUGCAGAGCCACCAAAACACAUUCAAGAAAUGAAAAAAAAUGCCAUCAUGCUCGUCAAAGGAUCUUACAUAGAGGAAUCAGACUUUCAGGAUGAUGUUAUGGUUUACAGAUUAUGUGCCCAGAAGGAUACUCAAGAUGAUGACCACUACAAGGAGAAAACUUUAAAUGCAGCCAGAGAAUGUGAGGUCCAAAGCCAGACUGUAGUCAAUGGGCCUCUUGCAAAGAGCCAGCUGGAAACGGACUUGGAUGAGCACAGUAAGAGAAAUUCAAGCUUGACUUCAGGUGUAAUGAAAGAACAAACAAACCAGAAAAUGACUGAGAUUGAUCCACAGCCAGACUUAGAGUUGAAGCUUUCUCCUCAGGAGGCAGAUCGUAGCUUAAGUGUAAGACUGCUGAGCACAGAUGGUGAGGAUUUCAUCGCACAGUAUGACAGAAUUAUUAAGGAACUGGAUCCAAACAAUGCAAACUUGGAGGAGCAGAAGUUGGAUACUCCUGACCUUGUCUCUCCUGUAGAAGAGGAAGAUGACUUUGAGAAUUUCUCAGCAGACACCCCUUCUGCGGAGAGCAUGUCACCUCCCUUUGGACCAAAGGAGGAUGUCUCUCCCACACAUGCUUCAAGGAGCCAGAGUGCUCCAUUUACAGGACCAUUCAUCAGUGUAGUGUUGUCGAAGCUGGAGAACAUGCUGGAGAAUUCCUUGCAUGUAAAUCUGCUGCUUAUUGGGAUUGUUACUCAGCUGGCAAGUUACCCACAGCCUCUUCUUCGCUCCUUUCUGCUCAACACCAACAUGGUGUUUCAGCCCAGCGUGAGGUCACUUUAUCAGGUGCUGGCAUCUGUGAAAAAUAAAAUUGAACAUUUUGCUUCCCUUGAAAAAGACUUCCCAGGUCUUCUCCUGGAGGCCCAGCAGUACUUGCUUUUCCGCGUGGACAUGUCCAAUGCCACAGAAGAAUCGCAAACCAAAGGUAACGUCCAGCACAGCAGCAACGCUGGGAGAGGAAGGAACCUGUCUGAAGCCUGCCCGGCUGUACUCCAGCCUUUCCUGGGACAGAGAGGAAAGAAAGGCCUGGCUCAGCCUGGCCUUCCUGCGCACGUGAGGAAUGCCGUGCUGGCAGCUGCCCUUUUCCCAGAGUUCCUGAAGGAGCUGGCAGCUCUUGCCCAGGAACAUUCCAUUUUAUGUUACAAACUACUGGGGGACUUUGAGGAUUAUUAUUAGUGGGGUUUUUAAAUGUGUUUUGGAAAAAAAGCCUUUGGCGUUUAAACAGAUUUUUAAUGCAAAGCUGCUUACAAAAGAAGGUUGUACUUCAAGAUUUCCUGAAAAUACUUGAUUUGGAGGGAGAAGGAGGCAAAAUGUUAUUCCAUCUUACCCUAUCUUGGGCCUUACAAUUUCCCUCCGUGCUAUGUAAUUUAUUUGAGAGUUUUCUGAUACUGUUCUUACUGCAGCUUCCUACUUCGUCUCUUCUUUACGCAGCCACCCUUCAGUGUCACCGAUUCCCAUUGAAUUUCUGCAAUAGACACUCGUGGGUUGGCCGAACGUUUUAGCUUUUUCUGCUCCAGAACUCCUCUUCUGGAUAACUUUUUAGCAACGAGGACAGUUCAGGGUAUGAAAAGAGAUGCAAAACCUGCACAAAAGCCCUUUAUGUGAAGGGCUGGGCUUCUUCACAUCUUGGUCCUCUUCCUUCCCCUCCCCUCCCUUUCCUUUUCCUUGAGAAGGGGGUUCUUACCAAUCCCCACCCAAAGCCCCUCUUCUUAACUAGCAGCUCAGGAUUUUUGAAUUCAAGUGAUCUUCUGUGUGUUAAAGCCCUGACCGGCUGAAAGCAGGUGCUGGACCCUACACAUACCAUAUUGCCUUAUGGUGCAGACAGAUCUGCAGCUAUCAGCUGUUGGUCUUUGAAGUCGAAUGAACUGUGUGAGUGGAUGUGGAUUGCAGACUGCCUGGAAUUUUCCUCCCAGUUUCUCAGCAUUCUUUGAUAACUGCUGCAUUGCUACCUAAACUCUCAAGCAUGCCUUAUUUAGUAAGAUUUGCACUAAGUACAAAACAAAACGUUUCUAUGCAAGCUGUAAUUAGUAUGUAGUUUGGUUUUAUGCUUAUUUUAAUAAGCUAAAGAAAGGUAUUCAAUAUCUUCCAGUAGUGUUAAAAGGACAGCAGGCUGGUUUUUUUGCUGAGGUUGGUUGGUUGUUUUCAUGAAAAAGGUUGGCUUGCUCCUGAAAGCUGUUCUAUUUUAUUGUUAAAUUUUUUGGUUAAGGAAAGUUAAAUACUGUUUGUUUACUUCUAAUUUAGGUGUUGACUUUUCCUUAAUAUUGCACUUUUGGGAUGGUGAGGGGAGGGCCAGACUAUUCACCAGCUUGUAGAAAAAGGAAAAUGUAACGAAGAAAGCUGUCUGCUCGUGACUAACUGCUUGAGGAAAUUCUCUUCUGUGAGUAAUGGGCUUCAUUAGAAGAACCCAAACAUGAUGAAUUGGUGCAUCACGGCUGCAUUUUGUCUUAUCUUAGCAGCAUAAUUGUGCUUCCAGUGUGCUGUAGUUGGUUACAUAAGGAGGAGCUUAGUUCAAGAAAGCCCUUUGUCCAGGAAGGAAACCGACAGCGACUCCAGGAAAUCUGAAGAAACAAGGAUCAGAAAUAACACUUGCAUAUAUUAGUUCUGCUGCUCAUUGUCAUUCUGUCCUAUGGGAUGCUCCAAUGAUUUUGAAACACACUCUCAGAGACUGCAAGGGAAAAUAACUCUUCAAAAAGAAAAGAGAGUCCAGAAGGGUCCAGUUAAUUACAGGUCAAACUCCUGUGGAAUUUGCAGUGCCGUUCAAGAUCCUAAAUCCUUUAGAGGCUUAUGAAAAUUUGUACUUUUAAUCUACAAGCUGUGAGACACACACAUUGUGUCAGACUGCUGUAGGCUAUUCCAAGGAAAAAACAAACAAGUCCCAAAAUGUUCCUCUAACAAAAUCGCCUCGAGAACUUCUCUGGGUCCCUGUUCACUUGUUUGCUGUACGGUCCUCAUUUCCAUGGUGCCUGGGGGGCCUGUUCCUUCUUAGCUGACUCCCCCAUUUGCUUUCACUUCUAACUUAUUUCUUUUAGGUACCAUCACCAUCCUGUAAAUCUGCUAUUGACCUCCUCAGGGCCCCGUUUCACCUUGCGAGCCUCCUUGGAAGCUGAAGCCAAACUUGUGGGGUUUUUCUCAAGUCUCAGUUGCCGAGGUUUAAGACAGCUCUUUUUCUUCUUUCCCCUGCAUUGUUGCUUUAAAUGGGUGAUGAGCAAAUUGUCCUAUGACAGUGGGUUCUUUCCCCACUCCCACUGUUACCAAUAGUGCUGUCCUCCUUGCCGUACUUGCAGGCCCGGCCUGAAGGCUACAGGAGUGUUGUGUGUGGAAGGUGUUUCAGCAUGAUGGGUGCAGGGUCAGUGCUUGCUCUGCUCCUCACCUCUUCCGGUAGGAGCUUUGUGAGCAAAAUCAAAAAUACCAAAUGAGUGUGAUAGAGUAAUUUUUAGUGGCUCAGAAAUAAGCCCUAAAUUGCAGGAGCAAUUCAGUCCUUUUUCUGAAGGGCUUUUUAGAAAGGAACAAAGAAGACUUCUUUUUUUUUUUUUAAUUAAGAAUUCUGCAGACCAGUGCUCAAGGCAGUAAAGUUACUCUCUGAACACUCCCUUCCCUUGUUCUCAUGCUAAAAUAAGAAUCUUUAUGUGCUGGGUAGAAAGGAUUUCUUUUGAGAUUGUUAAUUUUUACUGGUGUUUCCAACAAAUGUACAAAGUCACGGCAGUUUCGUCUCAGCAGGUCUGUUAAGCUCCGUGGGGAUUUCAAAAUGUGGGCUGCUCAGAAAAGCAUCUGGAAAUUUGAGGAAGGGGGGAGGAUUUACCUCAUAAGCUGUAGUGGAGCUUAUGCUCUACAUCCAGUAGGAUAAAUCCAGCCAUUGAAAUCUGGAGUUGUGUGGAAGUCUUCUUGCUGAGAGGUCACAACUCUGCGUGUGUGUGUGUGUGUGU